AUGAGUUGCAAUAUUGGGUCAACAUAUUCAAAGACACUUGCGUUGAUUUUUCAUCUUGGUGGAAACUUUGUUAAUAAUGUUGAAGGUGAAAUGAGAUACAAUGGUGGGAGUAUGAGAGUUAAAACGAUAAAACAGGGGAUAAGACAUGAAGAGUUGAGGUUAAUGAUAUUGGAAUAUUUUGAUAUAGAUGUUAAUAUUUGUGACAUGAAAUAUAGAGUGAGCUUCGAUGAUAAGGCAUUAGUAGAUUUGGUUGAUGAUAGUGAAGUUGAUAAUCUUUUUCAGUAUAAUGACACUAGUGCACAUGCGUAUCUAGCAUUAAAGGAGAGUACACCAGAAGUAAUGGAUGAUCCACAAAUCAUUGACAACUACUUGGGAUUGUCACAAGAAAUGUGUUUUUUGUCAAGUAGGGAGAAUAAUAUAGAUGGAACAGUUUGUGAUGAAAAUGGGGGUGAUUGUGUAAGAGAAGGCAGUGGGGGAUGUCAUGUGAGGCUAGUAAGUACAGUAGAGAUUGCACUAAUACCAAUGCCCGAGAUGAAUGCUGUGAAGUGGAAGGAAUUGUUGUUAGGAAAGAAGCAAACUUUUGCAAAUGCCACAGAAUUCAGAAAGGCAGUAUAUAAGUUUAGUAUUGCAGAAAACUUCGAGUACAAAUAUGUCAAAAAUUGUGAGGAAUGUGUGCAUGUGAAAUGCAAUGUUGAAGGUUGUCCUUGGCGGAUAAUAGCAAGAGUAGCUGCGAAGAGAAGUCUUUUCCUCAUUGUAACUCAACUCAGCAAUGAACAUGUGCAUAAUGCCCAAGAGAUUAUGCAAGUUACACAUGGUGGAAGAGCAGCCUUGACAUCAUCAAUUAUCAUUGAGGAGGUAAGGGAUCACACUGAAAAGUGUCCAAAUGAAAUAAGGAGGACCUUGACAAGGGAUUAUGGUGUGAAGUUGACAUAUAAGCAAGCAUAUAGGGCUAAGGAAAAAGCAUUAGAGGAAAUACAAGGGAGGCCUGAAUAG